GGGGACGCGCUGGUUCCGCUCGCAGCCCGGGCACGGGGAGGCCCAGCUCAGCGGGGAGCGGGCGAGGCGCUGCCGAGUAAUUUAGGUUGCACAAGGGAUCUCCGGAGGUCAUUUGGAUUAGCUGCCUGCUUGGGACCUACUUAGAUACUGUACUCUGAUGGGGGCUUUCCCAGAGCAGCAGAACUUUUUCAGCUGUCAUACAGAUACAAUGUCUGCCCCGAGUGGCGUCCCUGUCCCAUCUGCCCCACCUUCUUAUGAGGAAACAACAGGAAUCAAUGUCAGCUAUCCUCACCCCUACCCUGUCCCAGAACCUGGCCAGAAACCAGAUGGGAAGGGAAUGUACCCCCCCCCAUACAUGGGACAGCCUGCACCAGUGAAUAACCCUGUUACAGUUCAGACAGUGUAUGUGCAGCAACCAGUAGUAUUUUAUGACCGCCCAGUUCAGAUGUGCUGCCCUUCCUGUAACCAGAUGAUAGUGACACGUCUCUCGUAUGACUCGGGAGCUUUGACUUGGCUGUCAUGCGGUGGCCUCUGUCUGCUGGGGUGUAUAGCUGGCUGCUGCUUAAUUCCCUUCUGCAUUGAUGCUCUAAAGGAUGUGGAUCACACCUGUCCGAACUGCAGUGCUCUUCUUGGUUCUUACAAACGUUUAUAGGCAGUGUUUAAACAUUGAUAAUUGAUUGAUGGAGUUAACACCUCUACAAGCCCUUUCUGAAACUUCAUGGAGACUUCUGGUUGUUUCUGUGCAUCCUGUCACUGGAAACCAAUCAAAAGUAAUGUUUAUUGCCUAGAUUGUUUGAAUAAGAAUUUGUUUGAGGGGAUUCUGACUUAGGUCUGUAAAAAGUAUAUGUAAUCUUUAUGGGCCACUCAGUCCAGCACCAGUUGAUAGCAACUAAAUGUUUUCCCUUUCUGCUUUAUGCAAAACAGGUUGGUGAUGUUCUUCAGUUAAUCUUGUCGCAAUCAUGUUGCACACUGGUGUGCUUGCUUACAGUCUCGGCACAGACCAAGAGGAGAAUGUCUGUGGAGACCUAUACGGUCUCAUGCUUGGUGUUGAUGCUUUUGCAACAGCACUGUUUACAAACUGGCAGGGAGUUGCUUGCCUCUGAGACAGGAGCCCUUCUUUGACAAAAGAAGUGAUUUGUUGGCAUCUUCAUGAGCACUAAAAUUCACUUUAAAACUUUCUUAAUUGAAAGAGAACCAAACCUAAAGGCUUCUUCCUUCUUGGAGGCUGCUUUACCAAAUGGACAACUCAGGUUAUUGUGCGUCAGUGGUAAUUCAAUCUAGUACCUGAAUUUCCUUGCCAGUUUUAAGUCUAGUCAUAUCUCUACUCUGCAGUAAAGAUGUUCAUACAGGAAUUUUUAAUAGAUAUUUUUUCAGCGUGUUUUGGUGUUUUUUACUGAUGAUUUAUAAGUCUGAAGUGUUCUCUUCUCCCACCCCAGCGGAACUGCCCAUAGAGCGUUGGCUAUAGCAUUGGAAAACUUCCUUUUACAUUUAUGUAAGUUAACUGAUAGAUCAUAAACAAGCCUCAGCCUUAUCUUAAGGCUUGAAUUGCACCUGCAAAACACAGAUACAGGACCUGUGCUUUUAAUUGUUGAUCUGUUUGUUAAUUACUGUUUCUUCAUUAAGAAGGUAACGUGUUUGUUAAGGAGUUUCUCUGAUUAUUAUUUAGACUUGUACUUUUUUUUUUCUAAAUGAAAGAGAAGUUCUGUUUUCAGAAACUUGAGCUGGAUAUGCUUAUUUAAGACGAUCACGAAAAAAUUAGGGAAUGAGGCUCUGAAGGUUGAAGUAUCUUACCAUGCCAUAAGCAGUGGACUUGGUUCAAGUAAUAUCUUGAUGCUUUUGAAUGAUACCUGUCUAGAAAAGGCAGAUGGGUGUUUAAACAAGGCUAUGAUGCUAACACUGUAUUAAUCUCUGUAAAAGUAAAAAGCUAAAAUAAAUACAAAUAAAAAAUACUGCAUUUGCUGUCAUUGCCAAAUGUGCCUUCUAUAAAUAUUUGGUAUAAGUUAACUUUUGAAAAGUCUUUCAACACUUCAUGUUUGAAAUCCAGGAGUUACAUGGAUCACAAAUACAACCUCUAGGCCUUGCGUUAAUUAGUUAUUGUAAACUGCUGCUGCUUGUGGGUCAGUCUGCAAGUGGUUUAAGAGCUUCCUUGUGCAUUUGGAAAAGAUUUCUGAUCAUAUGGCUCCCUGUACCGUAAGAAUUUACAUCAGGAGCUACUAACUGGCAAGAGAAUGAUGGAGAUAAAAAGCUGGUAGUUUUGUAGCUUUCGGCUUUGAUGAUGCGGUACUAGCUUGUGUUUUCUGUCUUCUGCUGCACCACCGUAAUGCUUCUGAUGUUUUUUUAAGGGCCAUGAUGCUCCAUUGAAUUUUCUGUUCUGAUGACACAGGCGCUGAUUCUAACUUAGCGAGUCACGUGCGUUGCUGUAAAGCAGUAUUUCCCCACCACCACUGGAUUUCACAAAAAUGUACUUCUUGUCAGUUUAUCAUCAGAGCAAGACAGGAAGAAGCAAUGAAGCAUGCAGUGUUUCCAAACUUCAUGUUUGCUUGUAUGGUGGGGAGGAUUUUUAGUUUUUUUAGUACCCAUGUCAGUCUGGUCUGGAUAAUUGUGCUGGAUACUCAUUUGGUGAGCAAGUCUGUUAUUCCCUUAGCUCCCCUUUUCUCUACAAAGUGACUGUUGGAAAAUCUGAGGUGGUGGCACCAGAAUGCAGAACACUGACCAAAAAAAUAAUUACGUGGGGUUUUCCUUGUUUUGUUUUAUGAGCACAGUCCGUUGCAUCUCUUUAAAUUCCUCUUAUGGAUUGAGAAUAGGACACAUAAUGUUGGCAGCUAUUCCAUCUAAUUAAGCAUUCUGCAAAACUUUCUGCUGCCCCUUCUAUACUUAAAUUUCCUUAAAUACAAAGCCUGUGUUUGUUCUCUUGUGUAUGGAAUUAUCUACAGAAUGCGCCAAAGUAAAUUGCUUUGUUAAACUUAUUUUAGACAGACAAAUGCAGGAUAUAACUUGCUUUGUGUGAAAGUGCUUUGUGUUUGAUUACGCUGAAGUUACUGUUUGUUUUUAAAACUGAUUAUAUUUAAAAUAAAAACUUUGUCUUU